ACAAUAUACGUGAAUACAAUUAUAUGUGCUCAUUCAUACAGUAGAUGCGAAGGAAGAAAGAUUGUGAAUGUACAUUUUGGAUUGGAGUUUAUGAGUUGACAUGGCAGCUUGCAGACAGAGAGGACCAGUAUCUGUCACUAGCAGUCGUGUGUAGUGUGACAUCAAGGACCAUGAAGUAGGCGACCACAAGAUCCCUCACGAUGCUGCUGAUUACGUCUCUCUUGUUCGUGGCUCUGGCCGUGCUCUGUGCCAUCUUGCAGUUCUGGGCCCAUCGCACACGGCAAGAUGAAUCUAUCGGCAACAAUCCCCAGUUCCUCAAGUUCCAGCGAGGCUACUACCUGGUGUACCUGGUCGCCAUGUUUGCCGACUGGCUUCAAGGACCGUACCUCUACAAGCUUUACAGUUACUAUGGGUUCCAGGAAGAGCAGAUCGCCGUUCUCUACGUCUUCGGGUUUGCCUCGACUGUCAUCCUCGGAUCAUGGACUCCAAUCGCUGCAGAUCAGUUCGGUCGCAAGAAAUUAUGUGUUGUGUUUACAGUCACCUAUUCCUUAUCAUGCUUGCUCAAACUAUCGCGAAGCUACAUGAUAUUGAUCAUUGGACGAAUCGUUGGCGGUGUGGCAACAUCGGUUUUGUUUUCAGCCUUCGAGGCUUGGUAUGUUCACGAACAUCUGGAAACUCACGACUUUCCUAAAGAAUGGAUUUCCCUCACAUUUGCUAAAGCCUCAUUCUGGAAUGGUAUUCUCGCCAUGACUGCUGGUAUUACAACAAACAUUGUGUCCGAAUGGUUCGGCCUUGGCCCUGUGGCGCCGUACAUGCUAGCCGUUCCGUUCUUGAUAUUCGUCGGGAUCAUAAUUUCCACACACUGGAAUGAAAACUACAGCGGGCAUAAGGUGAAGUUUAGAAAGGUUUGUGGAGAAGGUUUUAAGAGCAUUGUUACCAACGAGAAGAUUUUCAUGAUCGGUGCAAUUGAAGCCCUGUUUGAGAGUGUUAUCUACAUUAUAAUAUUUCUAUGGACACCAGUAUUGGAUACAGGUCACCCAUCUCUUGGAAUAACAUUUUCGAGUUUUAUGGUGUGUAUUCUGAUUGGUCAGGCUGUGCACCAAAUCCUUACUUCACGGAACAUUCCAGUGACUACCAUGUUGAUAGCAGCGACUGUAAUAGCCAUAGCAAGUAUGUCAGUGUGCGUGAUAGCUACUCACCCCGAGCAGCGGAAUGUGACAGUCACGUACCUAGCUUUGCUAAUGUUCGAGUUCGGAGUCGGAAUCUAUUUUCCAUCCAUGGGUUUUCUCCGCAACCACAUAAUCCCGGAGACACACCGUUACAGCAUAAUGAACUGGUUCCGGAUCCCCCUCAACCUCAUAUCUUGUGUUGUGUUGAUGCUGCUGCACGAAGACGUGUUCCGGCACGGCAACAGGAUGAUCUUCGUUAUCUGUAUAGUGCUCCUGUCGCUCGGACUCCUGUGCGGGAUCAGGUUUGUGAAAAUCGCGAAAGACGAUGAGAACUUGAAGCAAGAUACCAUUAUGACAGAGAGCGAACAUAUUCACAACAUCUUUUAGAAUAUUUCUUAACAUGUUCUGGAAUUUUUGUGUUCUUUGGUCUUAAAGAUUUUGUUUUAGGGUAUAUAGAUGCUCAAGAGAUUGUGUAUCAGGGAAUGUAGACCUCCAGUCUGACUGAUUCAAGGUCUGAUGGUAGAGGUGAAUGAAAACAUCACUGACAACUCAAUCUGUCGAUUGAAAAUGGAUAAGUUAUGUUAUAUGAAUGAAGUACAAGGACAUUGUUUGGUGUACCAAUAAAGAAGAAAUCCUGAUGUUGAUGGACAGCUACCUUGACCAUAGUUUAGGGAGAAAAUGCACAACUGCAUGAAUAAUAUCAAAGAAAAGGACUCGUAUCAAAAUCCAAGAAAACUACCACGGAUGUAUGUUAUGUGUUUGUUUUGUAUAUCAUUACUGUGUUUGAAAUUAUGGGGGUCCUUGGAUCCUUAAGGUUUGCUGCUUAGACAGCAGUAGAAACUAACAGUUUUAGUCCACUACUUCUUAUAAUGAUAACAUAUAGCAAAACCCUUAAAAAGGGCAAAUUUCUACUAGUCCUUAUUAUACCUUAACUAUUGGGCAGUUUCGCAAGGACUACAGGACUAGUGCCAAUUUCUAUCGCUGAGCUAUAGUAUUUUAAUUUAGGAACCCUCUAGAUCUUGCCAACGUUUAAUGUUGGGGUCAUGGAAGGUCUAUAUGACUUGCUUACUUUCUAACCCUGCAUUAUCUGGAUGGGGAUACACAAGAGAUAACUGUUGGCUCCACUCCACCCAGACAUGAACAGAGUGUUCUGUUGCUUGUUCCUGAAUGUGUCAUGAUCAUUUUCCACACCAGCGUUCUUGUUAAAAUACUCAGCAAAUCGGUAGGCCUCUCGUAACAAUUCACUACAUGGAGUCAUGAGUGUCUGUCGCUACGGAUUUCAGAAACCCGAAAGAAAUCUUAGUGUCAUUGACAGAAACAGUUUUGUUUUGAAUCUUUUGUGUCAGCAAUAUUAGUUCUAUCAUCUUUGUACUCAAAAUACCAGGUUACCUUUUUUUGUCCGGUCCGGGCUAUUUCUACAUUUUCUAUGUCUACUGUCUUCAAAUGGCUUCCCUGAUGUUUGUUGAAAACAGCUGACUUCAUUUCUUAUGUAGCCUUUAGAAUACAUCAACAUCAUUUCUGUAGGCAAUAGUUUCAUUUUGCACAAAUGAUAUGGAUAGUAACCAUGGUUACUCCUGUAUACUGGGGUUUUGACCUGACAUUUUGUAAAGGUCGCCUCACACCAGCAAUGCUGUUAGGAGUUGUCUCCCCUGUAUCAUGUGCUUGAUCUAGAAUUUUAUGAUAGCGACAUGAGAAGACAACACCUACUUUGGUAUACUCAGACAUUGGGUAGUUCCUAGCCUUGCUCCAAGGCUGUACUGAAUAUUAAGUCCAUAGAUGAAUAGUAGUUCUAUCUUUAUGAUAGGCAAGUGUAGAUAAGCCGACCCAAGUCUCUUGUAGGGACAAUAUGCUCUUAGUAUUUACAUUAUCUAGGAAUUAUGAUUUAAGCUCAUAAUCAUUUCCUUACAGACUUGAGCAAGUCUAGGCAGUUCUGUCAUGCCUGUCAUGUUCAUAACAAAAUUGAAUUAAUUUAUUACACAAGUGAACUUGGAAAGUAAAAAUUUGAGUUUGAAAAAACUAACUAGUUUUAUGAAUAUUGAAAAUCAGCAUGAAAAAAGCAUGAUAUACAUUCAGUUUUUAUAUCAACUUUUCUUCAAGUAAACAAAUGGAGAGAAUGACUGUUCAAAUUUGAGCCACCACUAACAUAACGGUUGAAAUAUCACAUGACUGUCAUGUGUUUGUUAAAGAGGCUCGUCUUCUGUGGAGGGGAUGUUUUCCAAUUUGAUUUCCAAUGUAGAAUUGCUGAUGCAUUGUUUUGCAAUACCGGUAUUCACUAACUGACUCACUCAGAUUGCUCAAGAGUCUCAACAAGAUAAUUCUCAUGACUUGAAAUGUUAUGAAUUUUACAGGGUUGGGGAAGACUGGUUGUGAAUAUAACUCCGUACAAUUUAAUUAGCAUGGUCAGAAUAUUACUCAUGUUAAUGUAUCGGCUGACUUUAAACUUAUGAAUAUGGAAUGACGUGAGACGAGUUACUGUCCACGUAUGCAGACAAGGUGGCAUGUACACAUUAUUAUUGUGGUAUUAUUUGCAUUUUGUUUUAACAAUAACAUAUUUACCAUAUUUCAGCUGUCAUGGUUCACAAUGUUGUGUUUGUGAGCCAUGUACAGCCAUUGUGUUUUUGUUUUCAUUCAUUGUUUAUUGUUAGUUACCAUGGUUACUGUUGUUUUAUUUUGCAUUGAUGGGAGAUUUGCAUCAAUUCACAAUUUAGAUAACCAACUAUGUAAAUAAUAGGGCUGGGAAGAUACAACAGCUGUGCGAUCCAAUACGUAUCACGAUACCUUGCUCACGAUCCGAUAUGUAUCACGAUCUGUGUAUGUGCUCGUAUCUGUAGUGUAACCCAUAUUUUUCAUAGACAGGAUAGUCAAAUAUCUGGCACAGUGAUGAUUUACAGUUGGCAGUGUCAAGAUGGCGCAAUGGAUGAAAAUAUCUACUUUUUCUCUACUAAUUAGUGUUUGGUGUAACAGUCAUUGAAGUAAACAUUUAAGGUAUGAAUCGAUAUUUUUUACUUAGUGUGCGACUGUGAUCGAUACUUGUAUCGGGAAGUAUAAUAUUGCGAUGCAUCGGCGUAUCAUCCCACUAGUAGUAAAUAAGAUAUAUUGCUUAUUAUUCUGUGAAACCUGAAAAAAUAUUAUGUUAUUUUGAAACCAAGAAACAUCGGCAGGGUUUUAUGUGACGCACAAAGGUGUGUUGAGAUUGGACGAUGAAAAAGAAUACACUGCAUCCCGAAGGACGGACAAAAAUAUUCAUGUUACCUACAGGUCAUUAAGAGCAGUGAUGGGUGUCUGUUAUUUCAUCCAUCCAUCAUGACAACUAUCCACAUGAUCACUGAUUCAUUCCAGAUUCUGAAGUAAUCAUGAAACUGUACAGUACAGUACAGUACAGUACAGUACACCAUUUCAUUACUUUACAGAACCCUCAUAUUGCCAGCAUUGACUUUUAAUAUUAAUUAUUUGGGUCCCUUGGACCCCAUGUUUGAAGGUCAAGGUAACACCCUGUGUCAGUGUUUACAUCCUCAGGUAAAGUUUUAAUAACAUCCACAUUUUCUCAGGUUUCAGCCUACCUACUUACUCCUACAUGCUGCUUGGAUCAAUUUUCUAAUGGGUCGGGAAAGAAUUGAAUGUAUUUGAUUGCUUGUAUUCACUAGUGUACCAUUAGCUUAGGAAGGUCAAAUCCUGGUUCGCCCCAAUUAUGUUUCUAGGUUUGUCAGCACCAUACCCGUGCCGAGGUGGUAAACGUCUGAGACCUGCAUCACUUCGGGCUUUCCUCCCACAUUAAGCUGACAUGCCGUGAUAUAACUGGAAUACUGUUAAAAGUGGCGUUAAACCCAACUCACUCACUAGGGAGGUCACGGUGUCUUGAUCACCGGGGACUAUGUUCUCCAUACACCCUGCUUGUACAGGAGGACAGGGAAGAUGACUUCUUAAAUUAUUGAUAGUGUCACAGGUCAGCCAACCACAUACAUCAUUCGGCAAUUAACAAAAUACAACUGUGAGAUUUAAGUGUGCCUACAACAUGUACAAGUAGAAAAUAUUUCUUAAAAAAAUUAGUUUAUUUGAAAUUGUUAUCGGACAUAAAUCUCUUCAAUUUGCUUGUGAGAGAGUACGGGGAUAAAGGGCUGGUUUAAGAAUGUGAUUUCUAAGUGUGUCUUUUACAUGUGCUGAAGGCAUGUGCACUUUCUAACAAGGCAGGGGGACUUACUUACACUGUGCCAUUAUGAUAGGGAUCUUCAAACCCUGAUACUGACCAAAUUGAUUUGGUGGUAACCAUGGUAACAACUAGAGUGUAUACCCUUUUUAUUUUUUCAGAUAGAAAGUACAUAACAAGACCUGUCAUUCACACACCUUUCAGAAUGUCCAUUUCUGUCAUAAUUUCACACACACAAACCUUCAUUACAUGAUUUGCCAGUCAUUUAAAGUUUUGUCAGGAUAGAUGAUCCCAGAUGGGUGUUGAGGUAUUUAGCAUGUUAGGUUCAAGAAUGAGAAAUGUACCUCGUCGGUUAUCACGUACACAGUACAGCAGCCGUACCUGAAACAUCCUGGUUGUGUGUCUGCCCGAGGGAAAUGUUACACAGCGUGUCACUAUUACAGGUGUAAUGAGACGGAGGGUCACAGUACAAUACAUCUCUCCAUGCAAUAUAUGUGACCCACUUGGAGAAAAAGAGACCUUAUGGUUGCUAGGAUACGAUGUGCUAUGACGUCAUGAAGACGUUUUCUGUCAUCUUACUUCAGUGAAGACAGCCAUGUGAUACCAUGUAUCUCUGGAAUAAAUAUGAAUUGAAGCCUGUGAAUUGUAUUUUUGUGUUCCAAAGAUGCUGUUGAGUUAAAAUAUACUGAAAAGUCAAAAUGUGAUUUUUCAUCCAUAAGGUCCCUUAUCUCAUGGCUGGUCACAUAUAUCAGGACAGUCGUUUAUUCCAUAAGUUGAUACGCUUUUGUUUUUCAGGUGAAUCACAACCCAGAAUCAUUUGUUUAUAAAUUUCAUUGAUCGAAGAUAGGAUAUUGUAAGGCAGGAACAUAUAGGAGAGAGGGCACUGUGAAUGCAUGCUGUUUAGAGCCAUACAGGAAAUACUAUUAAUGGCCAACUCGAGACUACAUAAUCUGGUUGUUGGACAGUUUUGUUAUUCACACCAACAUUACUUGUAACAUAAUGCAAUGUAUAUUAUGUAUUGCGAUACAGUGAUUGUGAAUCAAUGUAUUGUAUCGUGGGCCUUGUAUCGGGAUAUAAUACUGUAUCACUGUACCUAUGUACCGCUAAUCACGUGGGUUUCUAGAAUACGUUUAACUGUCCUUGCAUCCUGCCAACAAACUGCAUACAUUGAACAAAAGUACCGAUACUUGGUUACCAUGGUUACUUGUUAUCCAUCUAGUUUUGAAGGGUGAUAUGGUAGUGUAUGGAGACUUUGAAAGUGUAAGUAGUACAUCGGUUGGUUCCUACAUGGGUUGUGUGAGGCGUAAAACAACAUUCACUCACAUUUUAGACUAACAUUUAGUCCAAGAAAGAAAGUUAUCAUGAUUAAAAAUAUAGAUAUACAUUAAAAUAUGAUCCAAAAGUACCCAGAUUCUUGCUUAAUUUCAGACCUAGAACUGUGUUGUCAAAUCCUUCUAAACUUGAUUAAUAUUCUUAAUUUCUUAUCGAGGGUCUAGGAACCUCUAACACUGUGUAUAUUAUUUGUAUAUAAUAUCCAGUUCUUUCAAUGUGGUUGUUAGCUCAACUGGGAAUACACCAGUGGAGCUUACACAAUAGUGUGUUGUCCAUCUCGCUGUCAUGGUUUCCUGGCAACGGGUGGCUUGGUAUUGGGUGGACUGUCCAUCUGUAAAAACAAGGUCAAGGUCAUGACCAGCCCGGGUGAUGAAAUUGAUGAAUAUAGCUCACGGGACCAGACAACUAUUAAUGGAGUUCAGAGUUCAGUGAUGAAAAUGAGAUGUAUUUGAUGAUUGUAAAUUGAGCAACUAUCGAUAAUUGUUACCAUAUUUGACAUUUGGAAUUGGACAGUUCCUUACAGAAAACAGGAACAGUUGAGUAACCCUGUCAUCAUGGUCAAGUAACUUGGUGGGACGCGUGGGGUAUGUGUGUUACAGAGAGGGGUUGAACACCCCUCCAGUGACCAAACAGUUGUGUAACCCUGUCAAGUAACUUGGUGGGAUGUGUGGGGUAUGUGUGUUACACAGAUGGUGAUGUGUAAUCAUUGCGGGAGAAUAAAUCUUUUUCACUGUC